UGCUUACGUCCCUGUAACAUUGCCAGUGUGUCCGUUGGAAAGACAUAACAACUGGGGGGAAAGGGGAUGGCCGUUUGUCAAACCUUCUUGUAGAACUGCCUGCUCCACACACAAGUGAAAUUUCUCUGCAUCUUUCAGUUCAACAUGUUCUUUCGGACAUCAGUAUGUUUCCGUAUUUGGAGAUAAUAAUCUUUGUUUUCUUCGCAGUUCACUUUUAUAGUCCCGUACGGCCACAGGAUGUGUCAUGUUGCCAUCGUGCUAGAGAGCGGCCCGUGUGUCUUGAUGCUUGUGAACAGCUUACAUCAUCAAAAAGUGACUCUCGAGCAAAACACUUGUUGCAACGUUUACCAGAGUACUGUCCAGAAUCAAUGGUAGAGUUUUGGAUAUGCAUUAAUUCCUCACUCCCAGGUGUAUCCUUGAAACCUGAUGGUUGGGUUGGUCUUGGCUGUUGUGAACUGGCUAUUAGUAGUGAAUGCCGCCAUGCAUGUAAACAGGCAUCUUCCAAGAAUGACAUAAAAUCUUGUGGAAAGGAACAGGAGAUAACUGUCUUCAGCUGCAUCAAGAGAAAUGAAGUUGGAUCAGUGUGUUGCAGUUAUGCAGGGAGGCACACAUACUGCAGAGAAUUUUGCCAGGCUAUUUUUCGCACCGACUCCGCACCUACUCCAUCUCAGAUUAAAGCUGUUGAAAACUACUGUGCUGCUAUUAGUCCUCAGCUGAUACACUGUGUUCACAACUACACCGAAUCUUACCCCAUGAGAAACCCAAUAGACAAUAUAUAUUGCUGUGACAGAGCUGAAGAUUAUGCUUGCCAGACAGCCUGCAGGAGAAUACUAAGGACAAUGAAAACUGAAAAUGAUAUAAUUGAAGGCCUUAUUGAAGGCUGUAAAACAAUGCCUUUGCCUCAAGACCCACUCUGGCAGUGCUUUCUUGAAAGUUCACAUCCAUUCAAUCCAGCCAAUCCCGUUAUUACCUCUCCUACAACAGUCAUAGAUGGAGCUAAACUACACUGCUGCUUUAAAGCAAAUACUUCUAUCUGUAGGGAUUUGUGCACUAAACUUAACAGUAACAGGUUGGGCAGUACACAGACAUGGCAAGAAUUUGAUCGGUUCUGUGAGUACAACCCCGUUGAAUCUCAUAUGCUAACAUGUUUAGCAGAUGUCCGGGAACCUUGCCAGUUAGGUUGUAAAGACCUUACUUACUGCACACAUUUCAACAACAGGCCAAUAGAACUCUUCAGGAGCUGCAACACCCAAUCAGACCAAGGGGCAAUGAAUGACAUGAAGUUAUGGGAAAAUGGAAGUAUUAAAAUGCCAUUCAUGAACAUCCCUGUCUUAGAUAUCAGAAAAUGCCAGCCAGAAAUCUGGAAGACAAUCGCAUGCUUUCUACAGAUUAAACCAUGUCACAGCAAAUCUAGAGGAAGUGUCAUAUGCAAAUCGGAUUGUGUGAACAUUCUUACGAAGUGUGGAGAUCUUAGUAGAUUUCCAGAAGGACAAUCAGCUGAAACAAUUUGUGAGCUCUUGUCACCUAUUGAUGACAUGGAGAACUGUAUCCCUCUUGAGAGGUAUCUGAGCCCCAGUCCUUUGAAUAGGAUUGUUGAAGAAGUCAUUCAUCCAUGCAAUCCAAACCCUUGUCCAGCCAAUCAGCUGUGUGAAGUAAACCGAAAAGGAUGUCAGCAAGGUCAAGAAUGUCUUCCUUAUUUCUGUGUUCCAGGGUGCAAACUGGGAGAAGCAUCAGAUUUCCUGGUUCAUCAAGAAGCACUUAUUCAGGUCCCAUCCUCUAAUGGAGAAGUUGGCUGUUAUAAGAUUUGCACUUGUGGACGCAGUGGCCGAUUGGAAAAAUGUAAGACAAUGCCUUGUGUUGAUAUGCAAAAAGGUUGCAUUGCUGGAGGACUAAGGAGAAGUCAUGGAACAUCUUUUAAAGUGGGCUGCAAUGUGUGUUCCUGUUUUGCCGGAAGCCUCAUCUGCUCCACGCGACAGUGCCUUCCUGAGUAUAGUUCCGAAGAUGACCGGCACAUGUUUACAGGUCUGCCUUGUAACUGUGCUGAUCAGUUUGUCCCAGUCUGUGGACAGAAUGGGCGCUCUUAUCCAAGUGCAUGCAUAGCUCGGUGUGUUGGUUUGCAAGACAUUCAAUUUGAGUUUGGGUCAUGUACUACAAAAGAUCCCUGCACUCCGAAUAAUUGUCCCAAAAAUAAAAGAUGCAUACCAAAACGAAAAGUUUGCCUUACCAGUACUGAUAAAGUUGAGUGCACUCAGUAUGAAUGCAUAGCAAGAACCUCAAGCUGUGACCAUCUUCCAGUAGACCUAGCUUGUGACACAGAUAAUGUAGAGCAUCCUAAUCUAUGUGCCUUAUAUCAGCGAGGCAAGACAUUGGCCUACAUGGGUCCUUGCCAGCCAAUGUGUAAACCCUUUGAUCUUGUCUGUGGUCACAAUGGAGAAACAUAUAGCAAUAUGUGUGCUGCCUACGCUGAUCGUGUUGCUGUGGAUUACAGUGGUCAGUGCCAAGCUGUUGGUGUUAAUUAUGAUCAUGGUUCCCAAAGUGCAUGUGCCACCAUUACUUGUCCACCCCUCUCAGCUGAAGGAUGCAAACCUGUUGUUCCACCAGGUGCCUGCUGUCCAGUAUGUGCUGGUAUGCUUAAAAUUUUAUACAGUGAGGAACAGCUAGACGUUUUCUCCAAGGUUACCAGUGGACAGCCUGUGACAGUGCAUGACUUCCUUCAGACUAUACGCCAGCAUAUUUCAGUGCCACAGUGUGAUGUCUUUGGGUACCUGAGUAUAGAAUCUGAAAUAGUGAUUCUCAUCAUGCCUGUUGAGACGCAUCCAAAGCCACUGCAAAUUGAAGCCUGCAAUACAGAAGCUGAAAAAAUUGAUUCUCUGAUAAAUUCUGACAGCCCAACGCUCAUAUCCUAUGUGCCUUUAUCAGCACUGAUCACAUCACAAGUGCAUGUCUCUUUAAGCCAUUCCUCUUGUAGCAUCAUGACUAUCCCUUUAGUGUUUGCACUUUUUGUAAGCUUUAUACUUAGUCUGUUUGAGAUAGGGGUGCUGUAACUGCUUUUUUUGUAAAGGGUAAGAUGAAAUGGAUAUCGUCUAUCUCACAAUGUGGGAAGAGAGUUUUAAUGCAGGUGAAAAUAAAAAAAUGCAGUAAAGUGUACUUAAAUAAACAGCCGCAGUGUACAGGUUCAUCCUAAAUAUAUAGUAAAAGAACACAUUUUUGCCCUCCCAGUAGUUUGCUUUGUCAUACAUGUUCUGCUGCUGUGUUUUAUUUAAAUUUGUUGUUUUUUCCAACAAUCCAAAAAGAUUUGUAUUUUAUUAAAUGAAGUUUUGAUAUGGACAAUACAAUAUUUGAUUAUGGUGCCAGAAAUGGUCCUAGUACUAAGACCAAAAAAUUCUCACAUUUUGUUGUAUUAAUCUAAUUUGUAUUUUAAGUUUGAAAAUUAUAAACUGCUGCUAUUGGUCUUAUUGUAUCCUUCACAAUGAAAUGAGUAUUACUUUAUUGUGGUCUUUUAUUGAAGACAUUGUAUUUUUAAUAUGAAGAAAAACGAAAAGCCAUUACUACGAUAUGACAAUCAUUUAUAUAAAAUCGUUCUAUAUAUGUCUCAUGUUUUUGUGUGUAUUUGUAGACAAAUGCAAUAAUUUGUAAUCUUUUGUAAACUUGAAUGCAAUUUUAUGUUUCAAUCCUUAGUGGAUGCAUUCAAGAUGCCAAUCUAUAUAUUUAUCAAGUGCCAUUCUUUGUAUUGCUGUAUUUGCAUGUUGACUGAUGAAGUAUUAAUUUUAAAUAUACUAGAUUUUACAGUGUAUGUGUUUUCGUAAAAAAAAUUUCCUCAUGCACCUAAGCCUAUCAUUUAUAUGAAGUGUUUUAUUUCAGUAUUAUUACAACAGGCAGCUUUAUAAAAUGUUAUUAAAGUAAUUCUUGAUUUGUUGCCAAAUGUAAUAUUUUUAAAAUGUGUAUGUUUAUGGCAUACAUUUCAACCUCAAAGCCUUUUUUAGCAUUUCUCUAUUUUUGAAAAUGUUAUCAAGCUGGAUGAAUUAAAGAGCUGUUUUAAUAAUAAAAAGAGCAUUAUAUUGUUUCUUA